UUGGCUGUGCGCAUGAGGGACGGAGCGAUUCGAGAAGGUCGAGGCCUUGCCUGCGGAACUUUUCGGAUUUCCUAAAUUAGCCCCGCGAGUCCGCGUCGCCAACGAUGUGCGACGAGCUCACGAUCAACGAAUUUCCCGCUUUGCGGUCGCGGCACGUUUACAUCAGGGAUGAGGUCGCGCUCUUAGAAACAAUAAACGCGAUCCGACGAGAUGGUACGAGUAAUUUGCAGAUAGUCACGGACUUUGACUUAACCGUCACGAAGCAGCACAUAAACGGCAGACAUGUACUUAGUAGUUUCGGUAUGUUCCGAAAAUGCAAGCAAUUGCCAGAGCAAUAUUUAAAAGAAGCUAAACUUUUGUAUAAUAAGUACAGACCUAUGGAGAUUGAUCCACACUUGCCUCUGGAUGAGAAGGCAGAUGCUAUGCGAGAUUGGAUGGAUGCAGCGCAAAAUUUAUUAAAGGGUAUCGAGUUUGAUCCUCACGAAUUAGAGGAGAUAGCUAAAGCAUUUGAAAAUAUAUUGCGUGAUGGCACAGAGAAAUUUUUUGAAAAGUUGUAUGAUGCAAGAGUGCCGAUUGUAGUGUUUAGUGCUGGUUUGGGUGACAUAGUUGAGGCUGUGUUGAGGUACCACAAUGCUCUCUUUGAUAAUGUAAAAGUAAUCUCCAAUUUUCUCAAGUAUGACGGAAAUCAAUUGGAUGGAUUUAAGAACGACGUACUCAUACACGUGUACAACAAGAAUGAAUGUGCAUUGGUGAAAGAUCAUGAGAUGAUACUUCAAAAGAGACCGAAUGUGUUGCUAAUGGGUGACACAAUCGGUGAUGCUCACAUGGUACAGGGAAUAAAAGGCACUAAGGCAGUCCUGAAAAUUGGAUUUCUUUAUGAGCACGUAGAGGCCAGUUUAAACUCGUUCAUGGAAAACUACGAUAUCGUUCUUGUCGACGAUCAGACCAUGCAAGUGCCGAUGGAGAUAUUACAACAUAUCUUGUAAUACCAUCUGUAUCAAUACUCUCUUUUACCUCUGCAUGUACACGUGUGUGCAUUUGCGAAUAUAUAACAAUGUUACGCAGCAACGUGAUCGUUUUGUAACUGAAAAUACAGGGAAUAACUCUUUACAAUUGACAUAUCGUAAUUCUUAAAUACAUUUCCUAAUAUAUUUUUAAUAAAAAACAGCGUAUGGAUAAGUUAUAAGUUAUGCUCACAUCUUGUUGGUAAAAGGUACAAUUUAAAGAUGUAUAUUUUAAAUUAAUUAACUAUUAAUUGAAACUGAAAAACAUUUAAAAUGUAACAUUUAUAAAUUUUAUAAAUAUGUUAUAAAUAUGUAUGUGUAAAUGUGUGCGACUACAAUAUGUAUUGUAAUAUUUAACGAAAUUUAUGUAAACUUAAGAGCACAGUAUUCUCCGAUAACAUUUAAAUAUCACGUCUCGUAUUUUUAUCAAGUAUUAUUGUCAUUUGUAUCUAUUGUUAAUAGAUUCAAAAUAACUUUAUUAUAAUCAGAAUGGUUAUUUCUCUAGUUCAUACGAAUCGAAUGAUAAUUAUCUUUAUAAAUGUAAUGUCUAAUUGAACUGAAUGUUAAGCAGUCAGAAAAUAAUUUAAGAUGUUAAGACGAAAUUAAAUGUUAAGUUUAUGAAAAUUAAAUGGCUACAAGGAAUUUGUAACAUCCUUUGAAAA